AUGUCAUUAACCCAACGUCCACCCCCUGAUCAUCCCUCCGACUUCAUGCUUCCAGGACCACCGUCCCGCAACAACGGUGGAUCCGCGGACCUCAUUUCAACCGGCCUCUUAGCCUACGCAGCCGGCAGCACUGUCCCAAUCGUCGAUACUCGUUCCAUGCAGCUCGUAUCCAUCUUCCCUAUCCCACCUCCUACCUCCACAUCCAACACCAUCACAACAUCCUCAUUAUCACCUUUCAUUACAUCCGUCCGUUGGUGCCCAACGGCCCUUCGUCUAGACCUUCUUUCGCACGAUCCUGCCGCGUCUCACUCUCACCUUCUUCUCGCUGCAGGUGACCGUCAAGGCCGUAUUUGCCUUCUCGAUCUUCGUCUUCUAUCGACAACCCCAACGUUUUUAGAAACUGAUCAGAAUCUAAAACUUGGUAUACAAGAUCUUUGUUGGAUACAAUCUAGAUCCGAUUCGUGGGUGCUUGCUGCAUUAGCCGGUCCUUCCGCAUUGUCUUUGUAUAAUAUAUAUACAAAACGUUGUUUCUAUAGAUACGACGCAGGACCUGAGAUAUUAUCAUGCAUUCAACGUGAUCCUUUUGAUUCCCGCCAUUUUUGUGUCUUGAGUUUGAAAGGGUAUUUGUUAUCAAUCAAAGUCCAUGGUGACGUUUCGGAAUCUGAUGUUGUAUUGGAAGAAUUGAGAAUUAGUACCGAUGUUUCGGAAUUGACAAAGCUGGAGAGGGAAAUUGGUUCCGGUUUGGGUCCUGGUUCCGGUUCUGGUUCUACGGUUAACAAUACUCCGGCUUCAGCGUUGUUUCCAAGUUACGCGGUGAAAAUAGCGUUUUCUCCUCAUUGGAGGCAUAUUUUAUAUGUUGUUUUCCCAAGGGAAUUGGUUGUGUUUGAUUUGCAGUAUGAAACGGCUUUGUCUCAUGGUAAGUUACCAAGGAGGUGUGGCAAGUUUUUAGAUGUGUUGCCGGAUCCGAGCAUGGUGCUUGUUUAUUGUGCUCAUUUUGAUGGCAAGCUCACCGCUUGGCGGUAUAAGGAAGGAGAACAGGUGCACGAGAUGUGUAUGAUAGAAGAACUGGUGCCCUCAAUUGAUACGUCUGUGCCUUGUCCGUCGCUUCUAUCAGUUGUAAUCUCUCACUCAGAUUCCACUCUACAGAAUGUUGGCAGACAUUUUACUGAUGGACAUGACAGUUCAUCUGCUGACAAAGACUUCGAUAUGGAUUUUGACAAUCCUUUUGAUUUUCGUGAUGAAUCAAACAUCAUUUCUAAAACGCAUCUAUUGUCCAUCUCUGAUGAUGGAAAAAUAUGGAAUUGGCGUUUAACUUCUGAAGGCCCGAAAGAUAAUCCAAAAGAUACAACAAGUGUCACAGAAGUUAGCAAAUCUAACACAGAAGUCCUUUCUUCACAUGAUUCUAUGAAGGACGUGGCUAAACGAAUUGAUGAUGUGAAAAUUAGCAAGGGAUUUGCAUCAACCUCCAAUGUUAGCCCAGACAAGAUAAAACUUAAGAUCAGCCUUAUUGGGCAGCUUCAACUGCUUUCUUCAACGGUGACAAUAUUGGCUGUACCAUCUCCUUCUUUGACAGCUACUUUGGCAAGUGGGGGAAACCGUCCUGCUGUGGCUGUUCCACUUGUUGCUUUGGGAACUCAAAAUGGUUCAAUUGACGUUGUUGAUGUUUCUGCAAAUGCUAUAGCUGCAAGUUUUUCUGUACAUUGUAGUGUUGUAAGAGGGUUAAGGUGGCUUGGAAAUACUAGACUUGUCUCGUUCUCAUACACUCCGGGAACUGAGAAGUCUGGAGGAUUUGUCAAUAGGCUUGUUGUUACCUGCCUUAGGAGUGGCCAUAAUCGAAAAUUCAGGGUCUUACAAAAGCCUGAGCGUGCCCCAAUUAGAGCUCUUCGUGUGUCAUCUUCUGGAAGAUAUCUUUUGAUCAUGUUUCGUGAUGCACCUGUGGAGGUUUGGGCAAUGACAAAAACUCCAAUUAUGCUUAGGUCAUUAGCUCUUCCAUUCACAGUUUUGGAGUGGACUCUUCCUACGGUUCCAAGACCGAGUCAUAGUGGAGCAUCUAAGCAACCUGCGGCUAAUUCCCAAGAUCACACAUCUGUGGCAUCUGAUGAGGCCUCUACAGACUCUAAUGGAGCUCAAGAAGAUUUGACGGAGAGUUUUUCAUUUGCUCUUGUAAACGGUGCACUUGGGGUGUUUGAGGUUCAUGGACGAAGGAUCCGAGAUUUCAGACCAAAGUGGCCUGAUGCGUCAUUUAUUUCUUCCGAAGGACUGAUUACAGCGAUGUCUUAUCGUACACCUCAUGUGGUUAUGGGGGACAAGUCAGGUAAUGUUCGAUGGUGGGAUGUAGUAACCGGGCAAUCUUCAUCUUUCAACACUCACAGGGAAGGAAUUAGAAGAAUUAAAUUCUCUCCUGUGGUCCCAGGAGAUCGUAGCCUUGGACGUAUUGCUGUAUUGUUUAACGACAAUACAUUUUCUGUGUUUGAUCUAGAUUCACAGGAUCCAUUAGCAAAUUCCUUAUUGCAGACUCAGUAUCCAGGAACCCUUGUGCUGGAGCUUGACUGGUUACCUGUGCGAACGGAUAAGAAUGAUCCUUUGGUAUUAUGUAUUGCUGGAGCAGAUAGUAGCUUUCGCCUUAUUCAGGUUAACAUUGAUAAAAGAACUGGUUAUGGAAGUCAUCUUGGAUGUGUGAAGGAACGAUUUCGGCCAAUGCCAUUAUGCGCUCCUGUAUUGCUUCCGACAUCACAUGCCUUGGCAUUGCGAAUGAUCUUGCAAUAUGGGGUAAAGCCUUCAUGGUUUAACACAAGUAGUGCGAUUCCAGAUAUUAAGGGGAAUUCCCAGAUAUCACGAAGUUUAUCAUCGGUUGGAGAUCUUCGUAACUAUUUGAUUGAUGUAUCACCUAUUGGUGACUCUGUAGUACCAGAGUUACUUCUUAAAGCAUUAGAGCCUUACAGAAGAGAAGGUAGCGUACUUGAUAAUGAGAGGGUGCGACUCUAUGCUACCAUAUUCAAUAGAGGUUCUGCGGCAAGGUUUUCUUUUGCAGCUGCAAUAUUUGGUGAAACCUUAGAGGCUUCCUUUUGGUUGCAAUUGCCUCGGGCAUUGAGGCACUUGUUGAACAUGUUGGCAAACAAGUCGCAGCAAAAAGCGCCUGUCAAAUUGUCAUCUACAUCAAUUGAUGAUACGGCUAUAUUAAGUAGGAUGUUCUCCAAAGGAAGAUCAACUACACGGUCAUCAAGCACAAAUUUAGUGAAUGAUGGUCAACUUAGGAUGAUGGCUUUUGAGCAAGAAGAGUUGUGGGGUAAUGCUAAAGAACGUAUUAGAUGGCAUGAAAUGUUGGAGGGUGAACAAGCCAUUGAGAACCGCAUACAUGAGCUUGUCACAGUUGGUAAUUUGAAUACUGCUGUCCAUUUACUGCUUUCUACUCCUCCAGAGAGCUCGUUCUUCUAUCCGAAUGCUUUGCGUGCAGUUGCUCUUUCAUCUGCAGUGUCAAGAUCUCUAAAUGAACUGGCAGUAAAGGUGGUUGCAGCUAAUAUGGUAAGGACUGACAGGUCUUUGUCCGGCACACAUCUGUUAUGCGCUGUAGGAAGAUACCAAGAAGCUUGUUCACAGCUUCAAGACGCAGGGUGUUGGACAGACGCUGCAACCUUGGCAGCAACACAUUUGAAAGGAACUGAUUAUGCAAGGGUACUGCAAAGAUGGGCAGGACAUGUCUUGCAUAAGGAACAUAACCUCUGGAGGGCCCUAAUAAUGUAUGUAGCAGCUGGUUCAUUGCAAGAUGCAGUUGCAGCAUUACGUGAAGCUCAGCAACCAGAUACAGCUGCCAUGUUCGUCAUUGCUUGUCGAGAAGUUCAUGCUGAAUUUAUAGACACCUUAGAUCCUAAUGAGGAGUCCUCUGUUGCAAUCAAGGAGAAGUUGCAGGUUUUACGUGGAUUAAACCCACAAAGUGAAGAAGUUAUAGCAGUCAGUGAAUUAUACACAAAGUACCAACAGAAACUAGUUCAUCUCUGCAUGGACUCGCCACCAUUUUCCGAUUAAAUCAAGUUGUUUUGAAUAACUGAACCUUGGGGACAAAUAUUAAAGCUUCAGAUAGAUAACGACAUACUACAGCAAUGACACUAUGCAAAGAAAAGUGUAAUAAAGUUUGUUCAAGGUUCUGUAAAA